AUGGCCGGACGGAGUUCCGCUCAAAUGCAACAAAUGCUUGGAGCCCAGGUGAAGAUCACCGGUAUGCCAUUUGCCGUGUCCAAUGCUCAACAACUAAACCAAAUCGUAUGGACAAUGUUGGGCACGACUACCAAAGAGACUAUUUACUGUGUCUCUGAGGCCCCUGUCAGUCAAUUGCGAUUUGUAUGCAUUGACUGUCUCGAGAAGAACAUCACCGAUAUGGCGAACGUAUUGAAUUCCGCUCAAGACCACACACGGAGUGCUGGUUUUCCGACGGUCGCUUUAAGUAAUGUCGCUGUUAACACGAAUUGGACUGGAGCCACCAUUAUGUGUCAGGCAGCUCUUAAUGGAGGAACGGUCGAUUCACAACCAGCUACCGUAGAUGUCCGAUAUUUGCGUCAGCCGCAUGUCGUCGAUGCAAGCGGCCAGGGACCUGUCUUGAUCGCUAGCCAAGGCUACCGAUUUUAUGUGGAAUGUGCCCGGGGAGCCGAUGGCCUAUGUCAACAAAGUGGGCGACGGAAGACAUUGCGAUGUGCUGUCCAGGCUCAUCCCCCAGCUACUGUGUUCCGGUGGUUGAAGAACGGAGUGGUGACAAGCGGUAAUGGUGCGGAAAUCACAAUUGGCACAGAGAUGAUCGGCCAAAGUAUUCAAUGCCAAGCGAACAAUGGUCUCUACUCGGACACAGAAAUGGCGACCAGUCAGGCCGUUCAAAUCGAUCCUUACUCAUCCGCUCGCCUGAUUCAAGACAAUUUCGCCACCCUUCAAUCGGCCGCACCAUUUCAAGCCGGGAAUCGUCUGGAAAUGAAUCAGCAAAUAAAUCUCGGCUGUCAAGUCGAAGGCAAUCCACGACCAGUCGUCUUCUGGAAGCUGCGCAAAUCGAAUGGACAGGUUGUUGACGCUCCUUGUGCUCAAGGAUUUGACGGACAAUACCAGGAGGUCACCGAACCACCUCGCGAUCGACCUAUCCCACCGAAUGUCGUGCGUCUUAAUGCCAUCUGUUCGUUCCGCGUCUCAAACUAUUCGUUGUCUGGGCAAUAUUGGUGUUCCGCAUGUUCCUAUGUCAGUCAAGGUGCCCCAGAAUGUUCUCCAGCAUUGGAGACUCCUGGAACGAACACGCUAAACAUUCAAGUCACUGGACCACCCAUGCAAUCUGACACUCAACCGACAAUCGAACAGGCGCCUGGCAGUAAUAACGCCGUCGUUACUGUACAUUAUUGCGCGGAGCCGAUGCCGAGACCACCCAGAGAGGUCAUUUUCAGCAUUGACAAAAAUGAUUUACAGAUCGGUCAAUCGUGGGAGAAUUUCCGAUUCGAGAGUACCACUCAGAAUAAUACCGUACCAAACUGUUACCUGGCUCGAUUAAAUGUCGCACCAGUUCGGGAAGAAGAUCAAUACCGAGUUAUUGAAUUACGAUUACAAAAUCAAUACGGCAGUAAACAGUGA